AUGGGCCAGAAACGCCAGCGCGACCAGAAGGGCCCGGACUCACACUUCAAAAAGCGAAAGAGGACCGGAAAGCCUAGCAAUGCGGCCGAGAAAGAGCCCGAGCCGGAGGUGGUUGUCGGCGUUGACGAUCUCGAUUGGAAGGAGGUAGCGCUGCCUGACCGGAUGGACGACUUUGAGGGCUUUUUCGGACUAGAGGAGAUUGAAGGGGUGGACAUCGUUCGACCUCAGGGUAACGGACAGCUCAAAUUUAAGUCCGCCGCAGGGAAGCCGGGAAAGUCCAUUUUGAAGAAGCCUACACCGGAAGAAAUCGAGUUCAACGAUGAAUGGAGCGGCUUCAGCGACGAGGAAACCGAGGACAAGGACAGCGCCCCCACAACAGAAGAGGAGCCUAAACCGGCGACGGUGAACGGUAAAGAAGGAAAAGAGGCCAAGAAAAAGGAGAACAAGAAGAAGGAGACUAAGGCUGACGAGUCUAAAAAGAAGGAGGACAAGGUAAAAGAGCCUAAAAAAAAGUUGAAGGAGCAGAAAGAGAAGGAUGGGGCGCAGGCAAAGGACAGCAGCAUUAAGUCAGGCCUCUCCUUCGCUGCUUUAGAGGACGAGGCGGAUGAUGAUGGCGCCGACAUUUCUGCAUGGGAGCCGCUUGGCCUCGCUCCAGAAACACUUACGAGUUUAUCGAAGUUGAAGUUUAGCACCCCAACUACGGUCCAGAAGUCAUGCAUACCCCCGAUCCUGGAUGGCCACGAUGUUGUCGGCAAAGCUUCCACCGGUUCCGGAAAGACGCUGGCCUUUGGAGUACCAAUCCUGGAGCAUUAUCUCGAACAACAGAAGGGAAAGAAGAACGAUUCUGAGGAGAAGGGAGAAAAGGUCCCGAUUGCAUUGAUCCUGUCACCUACUCGAGAGCUUGCGCAUCAGCUUCAGAAGCAUAUCUACGGCCUGAUUUCAAACGCUCCAGGAGUCAAUGCUCGGACCGCACUCCUGACUGGUGGUCUCUCCGUACAGAAGCAGCAGAGGUAUCUGGAAACAGCUGACAUCGUUAUUGGAACUCCUGGUCGUGUUUGGGAAGUCCUCCGCACAGGACAGGGCUUGAUUCGGAGGAUGCAAGGCAUCAAGUUUCUUGUUAUUGAUGAAGCCGAUAGACUUCUGAGCGAAGGUCACUUCAAGGAGGUCGAGGAUAUUCUAGGGUCUCUGGACCGCGUUGAAGAGGGAGAUCCGCCCGAUGAGGAAGACGGCACGACCGAAGAGAAUGCCGACCCCAGCGCGCAGAGGCAGACUCUUGUCUUCUCGGCUACUUUCCACCGCGAUUUGCAACAGAAGCUCGCAGGGAAAGGCAAGUGGACCGGUGGUGAUAUAAUGAACACGAAGGAAUCGAUGGAGUAUCUUCUGAAGAAGUUGAACUUCAGAGAGGAAAAGCCCAAGUUUAUUGAUGCCAACCCUGUCUCGCAGAUGGCUGAGGGUCUCAAGGAGGGAAUCGUUGAGUGUGGUGCUAUGGAAAAGGACCUCUUCCUAUACACACUGUUACUUUACCACCCCAAACUCCGCACCCUAGUCUUCACUAACUCCAUUUCUGCCGUCCGCCGCAUCACGCAACUGCUUCAGAUACUCCAACUUCCUGCCCUAGCCCUCCACUCGGGAAUGGCCCAAAAAGCGCGUCUACGCUCUGUCGAGCGUUUCUCAUCUCCAACCGCGGAUCCAGGCACAAUCCUUGUCGCAACCGAUGUUGCAGCCCGUGGUCUUGAUAUCAAGGGCAUCGACUUCGUCCUUCACUACCACGCCCCACGCACUGCAGACACAUAUGUCCACCGAUCCGGUCGUACGGCUCGUGCCGGCGCCUCGGGAAGGAGUGUUAUUAUCUGCUCUCCUGAGGAGAUGACUGGAGUCGUUCGCCUAGCCGCCAAGGUCCACGCCAACAUGGCCAACCGCAAGAAGCUGCCUCUUGAGUCCCUGGAAUUAGACCGCCGGGUUGUCUCGCGGGUCAAGCCACGGGUUGCCCUCGCAGCCCGCAUCACAGACGCAAACAUCGCUAAAGAGAAAGUCACUACCGAGGAUAAUUGGCUCCGCAACGCCGCCGAAGACCUCGGGGUUGAGUACGACAGUGACGAAUUCGACGAAGGCCAGGGAUGGGGUCGCGGGCGUGGGCGUGGACGAAAAGAGCGUGACAGGCAGGUUGCAAGCACCUCGAAGGCUGAACUCGUGGGUCUUCGUGCCGAGCUGAACGAGCUCCUGUCUCAGCGGGUAAAUCUCGGAGUGAGCGAGCGUUACCUUACCACCGGAAGGGUUGACAUUGAGGCGCUGCUGCGUGGGGAGAACAAAGAUUCCUUCCUGGGCCAGGUCGAUGCGCUGGGAUUCUAG